AUGGCAAGAGAAAGUAAGAAAAAGAACUCUGUUCUUCAGUCAGAGGUGUCACACAGAUGCAGCUCACGCUGUCUUGGUCCUCUGACCUUCCACAAUCAGGCUGUGGGAGAAAAGGUCCGCUUGAGUCAUGGAGGUCGACUUGCAGAGAAGACUGAAAACACCUUCAAGAAUGGGCUGGUGUUCAGCAGCCGUCCAGUGAAGGUCCAGGAAAAGAUUCGUCUGAGAGUGCAGAGGGAUUCGACCAACUGGCAGGGAGCUCUGCGUGUGGGCUUUACCACUAUGCCACCCUCAGCCAGAUCUCUACCCCUGCCCUGCAUGGCCAUCCCCAACCUCACUGGCAAGCCUGGACACUGGGCUGUGCCUGUAAAUGAAUCCUACUGCCAAGCAGGUUCAGAGCUGGAGUUUUGGGUUUCUGAUGGUGGCAGCAUAUACGUAGUUGUCAGCAACAGGCAGCACAAGUUGCUGACAGGAGUGGACCUCAGCCAGCCUCUGUGGGCCAUGAUAGACGUCUACGGGCAGACGCGCUCCAUUUUACUCCUAGGCUCAGAGAAAAAAGAUCUAUUUUGUACCAAAAGAUCCUGUCCUGCACCUGAACCCCUCACCUCACCUGAUGCUUACAGUCACUUUGGUUCAGUUUCAGACUUCAGUUGUGAUGACUCCUCCUGUCUUGACAUGAAAAUGCCAGAAGAUAACGUCUGUGUGGUGUGCAUGGUGAAGGAGGCCAGAAUCACACUGCCUUGUGGCCACCGGUGUUUAUGUAAGCACUGUGACUCCAGAGUCUGUCAAGAGUUUGGCACCUGCCCGCUGUGUCGACACAAGAUCAGAGCUCCAUCAGUGAAGGAGGGGCGGUUUAUAGACGUCUAAGCUCUGACACACCAGCCAAGAAUCACCAAAUAUAAACUACCGACACACAGUGAAUGGCACUUAUUAUGAUGCUUUG